CUAUAUAAAGCAAGCACAGCUGGCUGCAGGGCACUGCAAGCCAGCAGGGCUUUCUCAAGGUAAGUGGGGAUGGAGGAUUGCUUUCCUUCUUUUCCUCCUUUCACCAGAAGCUGUGGUGCAAGUGGGGAGCAAAUGCCAUGCUAGGAAGCAGGAUUGAAGGAGAUGCUGCCUGGGAUGCCAGCCCAGAAGAAAAGCAGCAGUGCAGCCCUUGGCGGCUGAACAUCCCUCCAAAUUUUCUCCCUUUCUCCUGAUUAUGCUUUUUCCCACCUCUCCCCCAUCUGAUUCCCAUCCCUUCCCAUCCCUGAUGCUUUGUGCUGAAACAAGGGGACAUCUUUACCCCCUCGUUGCUAUUAGUCCCCAGAGAGAGGGAGAAGCUCUGCUCCUGGAUGAUGAGGAAAGAAAGAAGGUGCUUGGUAUAACAGAGAAUGUUUUGGUUUCCUCUCCCAGAGCCAUCAGAAGGAUGAACUCUCUCCUCUGCCUCUCUGUGCUGUUUGUGUGGGACUUGUCCCCAGCCCACGGGAGCCUCUGGCAGCUGCACCAGAUGAUCUCAGAGGUGACGGGGAAAAAUGCUCUUCUCUAUUACGGCUUCUACGGCUGCUACUGCGGGCUGGGGGGCAAGGGGCAGCCCAAGGACGCCACAGACAGAUGCUGCCAGCUGCACGAUACUUGCUAUGAAAACCUCCUGAGGUACCACUGCGCUGCCAAGACACGUCCCUACCGCUACAACUGGCACUACGGCAGGCUCUCCUGCAGUCAGCGCUCCCGGUGCGCCUUCUUGUCCUGUGAGUGCGACCGCAGCCUGGCGCUGUGCUUGAGGAGAAACAUCAGGAGCUACAAGAAACGCUUCCAGUUCUACCCCAACACGCUGUGCCGAUGACGGGAGCCGGGAUGCGGGACCGGAGCGUGCGCGGGUCGGCGCCGGGAUCGCCCAUCCACCCUGCCUGCGCUGACCACACCAGAGCCGCUGUCAAUUAAAUCGACGCGCAAAUAAACAAUGUUCUUGUUCAACGUCCCCGGCCUCCUGAGAGCCGCUGCUGGGCAGGGAGAGAAAUCCCCGUAAAUAAUCAACAUCUUCCCUAAACUUUCCAAGAAGUCGGUCUCGGCCGCUGCGUCACUCGAGGCUGCGGCCCGCGGGAGAGGAGAGGGGGGCUGGCCGGGGGAAGGGGCGUAGCACUCCGUGGGUUUGGGACUGACGAUCCUUUUGGAGCUUCCAGUUGGAGCUCGCGGGCUGGACACGGAGGGCAGGCUUUCCCCGGGAGGACAGAUUGACAGCGAGCAAGAUCCCCGGUGAGCAGCCCCCCCCUCGCUCCGCUGCUCUGGAAAGAAAAACACGGGGAGAUGUUGGGAGGAGGCAGCGAGAGGCCCGUGCCUGUAGGAAAAGUGUAAUCGCUUCCCAAUGGAAGCAGUGGGAGGCUGCGCUGCGCGGGGAGAGCUGCACUGGGUGCCAAAAGCGGUGCGACGGGAGGCCCAGGUGAGAGGAAGAUGAAGGUCCUGCUGGUGCUGAUGAUGCUCUUUGCCUGCAGUGUGUUCACAGCUCAUGGGAAGCACCCACGCCCAUUCACACCAGGACUCGAGGGAAGCACCGUAGGAAACCUGACUGCCCAUGGAUGCUACAGGGGAUGGGGCACCUCGAGGGCUUCAGUGGAUCGGUGCUGCCUGCUCCGAGCCUGCUGCUAUGCCAGGCUGGCGGCGCGGCGCUGCCGCGUGGGACCCGUCCGGCCCCUCUCCGUGCCCCGGGCAGGGAUCCCCACCUGCAGCUCGGGGACGCGGUGCCAGCGAGGCGCCUGCCGGUGCGAGCGGGCGGCGCGGCUGUGCCGGGCUCGGCUCGGCCGGGCUCAGCUCCGCCGCGCCGGGUGCCGGGGACGAGCCGGGCGCUGCUGAGGCAAGAACUCCCUUUGCGAAACCAUCUCCGGGCUGAUCGGCGAAGGGACGAGGCCAGCAGCGCUUCCCAGCCCUGGUGAGUCUCCUCCUCGGGGCCUUUUGGCUUCGAGGCGAGGACAAGAACCCUCCGGUGAAGUCGCGUCACGGCACGCGAGGAGGGGGAGCAGCGCUCGCUGAUGUCCAGCACAGCAAAACAAGGAGGAGCGGACACCUGCCCCUCGUCCCGCUGAGGGGCUGGAUGGGAAGCGUCCCCCUUGGCAGCCUGUCCGCUCCCUCCGCUUCCUGCUUCGCGGCAAAUUCCCUCCUGUUGCUCCAAAAUAAAACCAGAGAGCCCAAAGCA